AUGGUUUUAGGAUUUGAAUAAAAAUACUAACUAUUAGACUAAUCUAAACGGAUAAUCAAUGAAAGCCUUUAAGAAAGUGGUAUUUUGGAAUUCAUUUUUUUGGUGUCUUAAGUUUAAUCCUAUUUUAAAUAUAAAUAAAUUAAUUCAGAUAUGUUUUUAAGGAACAGAUUGCAUUCUCUACGCAAAUUAGCUUAAUUUUGCACAGCUGAAAGUGUAUCAGGAAAGAAGAGCCCAACAACUUAAGCUCAAUAGACAAAAGUAGAGAGAAAUUUCUAAUUGCAAUUCUCAAAGUCAGCAUUAGUGGACUUUGGAGAAUUGCCAACAGGGGAAAUUCCUGAAGCCUUGAAGUACGAUAGACCUUAAGGUACACAAUUAUAAUGAACUUUAAGCCUUGACUCAAUUAGACAGUGGUCUCAGAGUAGUGUCUGAAUAAUACAAUUCGCCAUUGGCUUCAAUUACUGUAGCAGUCAAAGCAGGAUCGAGAUUUGAAACCUUAGAAAGUUCUGGAGUAUCAAACUUCAUUUCAAAAUUAAACUUGAGAGUAGGAAUAAAUAUUCAUUCUAGGGCACAACAACAAGAUCAAGAGAAUAAGUUGAAGCAGAAAUCGAUUAUUUGGGAGGAUCAUUAAAAGUGAAAUAAGGUAGAGAAUUAUAGACUUAUACCCUCACUUUUUUGCCAUCAGAACUAGAGAGAGCAGUAAGCUUUUUGGGGGACAUUUUGACAAAUUCAUUAUAUUCACCAGCUUAGAUUGAAGCAGAAAGAGAAGGAAUCUAUAGAGAAUCAGUUAGCAUCAAUGAUUAAUACAGAGUUGUUGCUGAAGCUGCUCAUUACACAAAUUAUAGAGAUCAUUAUUUGGGAUAACCAACAGCAGGAAUCAGAGAUAACAUUCCAAAUGUUACAGAAGAAUAAAUUAGAUAAUUCCAUAAGGCUAAUUUUGUUGCACCAAAUGUAGUAGUCUCAGCUGCUGGCAAUGUAAACCAUGAGGACUUUGUCUCUGCAGUCAAUAAGGCAUUCAAAGGAUUAGGUACAUCUGUUCCAACUGAAGUACCAAACUCAGAAAAACCAUAUGCUACUCCAUCCAUUAUGGUAUUCACAUUUUAUUAAUAGUGUAGUUAAUGAAAGAUGAUGAAUUAACAAAUUUGAAUGUUGGUGUUUUCUUCGAUGCUCCAGGAUGGAAUCACCCUGAUGUUUUUGCUCUCCAUUAUUUCUAAAGACUUAUUGGUGAUUACAGAGCUGACAAACACACAGGAUUCCAUUUGAAUGCUCCAAGCAGAUAAUACAACACUAUGCAUUCACUUCUUGGUGGAUUACCUGAUGUCACAUACUAAAGAUGCGUUUAUUACGCAUAUUCAGACACUGGUCUUUUUGGAAAUUACUUGAUUGGUAAUGAAGUCUUUGCAACAUAAAUGGCAUAUGUCAGUCAAAUGGUUUUAUCUGAUUAUGCUUCAUCAGUAGGAUAAGUUGAAGUUUUCAGAGCUAGAGCUAAAGUGUUUAAUGAAUUAUUGAGUUAAGAAAGUUCAGCCAAAUAAUCAAGAGAAAUUGCUUAAUAAGUUUUGUAUCUAUAUUUUAGUAAGAUUUAGCUAUUGGGGAAGAAGAGUGCCAAGAAGUGAAUUUGCUAGAAGAAUCUCUGCUCUUGAUGCUGGUCAUUUGACUAGAGUUGCUACAAGACACUUCUGGGAUAAGGUAAUCAUUCUGUUUAAAUAAAUAAUAGGAUAUUUCUGUUGUUGUAUGGGGUCCUACUCACUUGUUAGAUGCUGUUGCUCAUUACAAUAGAUCAUGGAAGAGGAGCACUUUGGGUGGAUAUGCUUAACCAUACUAUGAGGGUUGAUUCAUUAAAUAAUAAAUAUAAAGUUU